GUGCAGGGCUUGAAAGCGUCUCAGUUGCCGACGAACUUCCAUCUCGCCGUCGUCGUACGAAAAGUUCUCUUCACGUAACUUGUUCGUACUAACGCGCACACACAUACAAAGGAUUUUCUCAUCCUAGUUUUUCUUGUUCCUCAACUUCGGGUCGGAAUCACACAAAAAAGAAACGUUUUUUUCUUUCGUGGAUUUGCGCAUUUUGUUUGUUUGUUCUCUCGUCGAACGUACGGUUUCGCAGCAGUUUUACUUCGUUGAGAAACGCGAGAGAACCAAGGCAGCUUUCUCUCGCACGCCGCCAUCUUGUCGAGCUCAGCCGCCAUCUUGAUCACGUCUACCAACCCCAUUGUUGAGUAUCUCGUCCCCCCAACAUAUUUUCCACUCUUUUCGAUUGUACCGCUUCCAUCUCUCUCGUUUGGAUGCCCAACAUCUCGACCAAGACGAAGAAGCAAAGUAUCCCAUUUUCGCAAAUUUGCUGACAUCUUCAAUUCGAAAAAAAGAAAAAGAGAAUGCGCGUCGAAGUGACAUCAGCAGCCAAUUUUCUCGUGAGACUUCUUCGUUUCAACAAAGAAUCGGCCGUCGUGUCGGACCAACAGCUGGAGGUCUUCCGAGCUGCCCUCAUCGAAACUCUGCGGAUACGCUACCAGGAGCACUGGUUUCCCGAGAAGCCAUGCAAAGGUAGCGGCUAUCGGUGCAUCCGCAUCAACGGCAAAAUGGACCCCGUCCUAGCCCAGGCUGGCGGUCUGGUGGGUUUGCCUGGUCAGUUCCUGCACACUCUCUUCCCCUCUGAAUUGACGAUGUGGAUCGAUCCGCGUGAAGUGUCGUACCGCAUCGGAGAGAACGGUUCCAUCUGCGUUCUCUACGACGAACGGGAAGUGGAGGAAACGAUGAGGCAGGAGAGGAAUAGCAGCAACAACAAACAGGGCUCAUCGGCUUCAUCGACUCCCAAUUCUUCGAAUUCACCGUCACCAUCGCUGGGUGGGUCGUCCGACUCAUCUUCGUCCAUGGAUUUGAGUAGUGGCGAUCCAUCGGCCGGAUGCCGAGAAUCUGUUCGAUCAGAAAUGGAAUUUAUGAUGGAUGCCCGCAAUAUCCUGGCCUUUGAGCAUUUGGCUUCCUACGUUUCUAGUUAAGCUGGCCCGGAUUUGUUACACCCCCAAUCAUCCAUUCGCCGACAACCGACCUUUCGAAAAAAUGGGAUUCGUCCCAUCCAUCCACAUCAAACCCAGCUGAAAAGAAUUCUUUCGGACCUUGCUGCUGUUCUUUAUAAUAAUUUUUUGUUUCAUUAUACAUGCGAGAUUUGAUUCUACACAAUCGGGGGGAAAGAAAAAGAAGACCGGAAAAAAGGGGGACAGACAAUUACAGAAAAGGAAGACAAGCCACCCAAUGUUGCAUGACAAUUUUUUUUUGAUUUUGUUUUCCGUUUUUACACCCGCAUCAAGUUUUCCUUCCUUUUUACCAUCACAUGGAAAAAAAGAGAAGAUUUUUUUAUCAACAAAACGGGGAGGGAAAUGAGUUUUCCCACCACCUGCUACUGUGCCGCUCGCGAAAGAGGAUGGAGGAGCGGAGUGUGUUAAACCCGUACUGUGAUCUCAACAAAGCCAUUGCCAACCGUGCACCCCCCCACCACGACCCGAUUUGGAAGAGAUGAGCUGAAACAAAACAAGACAAUUGAAGAGUCCCAAAAAUUUUUGAACUACUGAAUCCUCCUCGUCACACAACAAAAACGUCGAUAUAUUAUAUACUCUUUAUGUAUAUCUCUCUCUAGAAGCGUCUCCCAAUUUUUUUAAAUAGAAAACAAACAAACCCUCCCCCAUCUUAUGUAUGUAAAUGCGUGUGUAUAAUCUUAUGUCAUAAUUGUCUAACCCACCACCCUCCACACCAAAUUCCCCCUCCCUUCCCUUUUUAAAGCGAAAAACUAAUUUUUUGCCGUAAUCCGUCAGUUGUUUUUUGAAAGUCGAUAAAACACAAGUCUCCCAAUCCAACGUUGAAAAUAGUUUUUUUUUUAAAUUAAAAGAAAGCUCUCAGCUGAAUUAUCGUAUUUAUAGUCCCACUUUUUUUUUUACGUAUUGGUGUUGCAAGAUGGACAGAUGGCAGCUUUACAAUCACUCACUUAAUUUCGGGGGUCCAUCCUACCCAACCAUCCUUUUUUUUUUUUAAAUAAUGUACACAAAAAAUAAAGAUUUCAAUCCAUUGAUGAAAAAAUUCAAAUUUCCGGGGACCAAAAAGUGAAAAACAAAUUUUUUUGAAAAAAAGAAAGACAUGCAAGUGAUGAAGACCCCCUACAAUUUCAUUCCAACCUGACCUGCCUACCCCUUCGACAGCUACUCCGGCCUUUCAAAUUUUUUAUAAACUGACGAGUACAAAUUUAAAGAAGAAAAAUUGAUUUUUUUAGAAAAGAAACAAACAAACAAAAAAAAAUGUUUUUUUUUUUGCUUGAAACGUUUUUUACUUGAAAUGGCCGGAUUGCCUUGGCGAGGUGGUGGAAGGUCCGGCUUCGGGAUAUUUAUCUCAGGAUAUCGCUGGAUUGACUUAACCUCCCUUUAUACCCUCCCAUUUCUCAUCUUCUUAUUCGAGCCUCCAACCCGCCCCCUCGCAAUCUUGAAAUUAUGUGAUCCCGAUGAUAUUCAGUGAGUGCAAUAUCUUCCUUCGUCCCAUCAUCUUUCUCCUCAAAUUUUGGCGACAAUUGUAAAGCUGCGCUUUUAUCAAGCCCCUCACUUUUUUCGUGUACUUACGGAGAGGAUCGUACAAAAUCCCGUUCAACCCCCCCCUCGUCUUUUGAAAGGAAAGCGAAUUUUUCUUCCGAAGACGGAUGCGAUAAUUGAGCUCAGAUUUUUAUUUGAAAAGAGACAAAUUUAUAGAAAUAUUUUUAACGCCCGUAAAAAAAAAAACAACCUACACCCCUCCCAAAAAUCACAAUCCGGUUUUGAUUUUAUGUGUGAAAAAUGUCCGCUGGCUGAUGUAAUUCCCCCACCCUCCUUUUUUCCCCCUCUAUUUUAGAGCGUGAGUGCGUGAGUGUGUGUGUAUAGAUAAUUAUGGCGGGGGGUCUGUUUGUUUUCCUGGGGAUACGAAGCAAGAGAAAGAAAAAGCCUAAAAAGAUGUUUCAAUAUUUUUGGCACGUUUCGUGUGCGAAAACCACCAAAAGGAUAGGACGGGACUACAAGAAAAUUUCAAUUUGGGUCUCGCUACGGGUCUGAAAAAAAAGAAAGAAAGGGAAUUCGGUUUUUCUUCCAUCUCUCUUCGAAUGUAAAAAAAAAAAUUUUUUUUUUGCGUGAUUAUCUAUGGGUGCGUGAUGUUUGCGAGCUACUUUGAAUUGAUUGGUUGGAAAAAAAAGAGAGAAACAAAAAAUAUGUCCCAACGCCAUUUAUUUUUUGCCUUGCCGUUUCGUGUACAAAAGAAAAGCGACAAUUCUCCCGCAAUGGCUUUCAUGGGAAAUUUUGUUUUUUUCGAUUUAGAGAUUUAAAAAAACAUUAUUUGAUUGAAGUACGCCAAAACCCAGUCAGUUUGAAGCAAAGGAAAAAAGAAUUUCCUUUUUUUUUUUUUAAUUCAGCAACGGGGAAAGAAAAACGAAGAAAAGCUAAUUUUCUUUAUGUGCCCUCCAUCUCUCUCCAGUGCGCCAUUUCUCCUCCUCGCCCCACCCUAAUCGUGAACCUUUUAACUUUCUUCGAAUUUUUUUUUUGUUGUGGAAAAAAUUAAGUUCGGCCUGUGAUGUUUUUAAUUCUCUCCCCGCGAACGCCUCCUCCCCCCCCCACUUCCCCUCACACAAACAAAAAAAAAGAUGAAAUGGGAAAAAAACUAUCUCGUAUGUGAUUGAGACAAAAAUCGGUAUUGAAACUCUCCUCGUCUCUCGGCACUUGAUUUUGUUUGAUCGACAAGUCUCUUUUUUUUUCUAUCUCUCUUUUUAAUUUUUCUUCUAUUUUAAUUUUUCACUUUUGAUGUAGUGUUAUUUCCUAUUUUUUAAAAAAAGAAUUAGAAUAUCCUCCGCCGUUUGGUUUGCGUGCAAUUUUGAGAGAAGACGGGAAUAGAAGAAGAGAAAAAUUGUGAUUCGAUUCGUGUCAAUUUUUGAAGAGUUUUUUUUUUUUUUUUUUUUUCGUUUUUCUUUCGAAAUUGUCUACACACGAACUCUCUCACGGUGUGUGGUGCAUGCUUUUAUUUUUUCGUUUCACUUCUUUUGAAUAUGAUUAUUCGUAUACAUUUUUAAUUACUAUUUGGCAGUCUCCCCCCCCCUCCCAAUUUCUCUUUUCACUUUCUUCAAGUCUUUUUUUUUUUUUUUAAAUAUAAUUCAGUGUCCAUGUAAACUACUUCGAAACGAAGGAGACAAAAAGAAAUGAGAACCCAAACGAAUGGGAAACUAUGAAUUUUGAGGUCUUUCAUUUUGUUUUUUUGUCUUCUCUCUCUGCAACAAAUAUGUGCGCUCUUACGUGUAUGUGUGUGUACAGAGGUAUUUUUGUUCGCCGUCAAGAAAGGAAAAAACAAAAAAAUGUACACCCUUUUUAUUAUAAUGGAAGCAAAAAAAAAAGAGACUUGUUUUUGUAUAGUAAUAAUAAAAACCUUCAUCGCAUCGCAAAAAGAAA